ACCAAGACUCGCCGCAACCAAACCCCAUUCACCCACCACCAAACCGCACAUCCUUUUCCACACCUCCCUCUCUCCAUCUCAGAUGGCCAGACGGUCGGUGCAGUGGAGGCACGACUUCAGCUUCCCUGGAGAUCCGCCGACGCCCAUGGCGCGGAUGACUGACGCCGACGACAGGCGCGCGCUGCCGCCUCGCCGGCCGGCGGAGAACCGGUUGGCGCCGCGCGCGGGCGAGGAAGACUUCCGGUGGCUGCAGGCGCCGAGUCCCGGCUCGCCGGAGUCCGGCUCCGGCACGCCGUCGCCGCAGCUCUGGGCGCAGCACCCCCACUACGGUCGCCUCUACCCGGCCUCCGCCGGGAGCUCCCCGUCGCGGGCGCAGGCCAUCGCCGGGUACCGCCGCGAGAUGCUCGACCUCGUCCGCGGCCUCCCCGAGGCCGCCUACGAGCUCUCCCUCCGUGACAUCGUCGAGACCCGCGGCACCUUCCCGCUGCCUCCGCCACCUCCUCCUCCUCCGACUCAACCGCACGCCACCGCCCCCGAAUACGACGAACCGAAGAAGCAUACCGCAGCGGCCAUGGACGACGGCCAGACCAAGAAACAGAGCGGCGACAAGAAACAGAGGAAGGCGGGGAAGCAGAGGACGGUGGGGAGGACGAGGAGCCGGAGCAUGGAGCGGAGCGUGAGCCUGGACACCGGACUGCUCAUCAAGCUCUUCAUGCCGCUCUCCGUCGGCCGGAAGCAGAAGGUGUCGCCCAAGCCCACCGCGCCCUCCGGCGCCGCCAAGGAGAGCAAAAAGAAGAUGAAGCAGAAGAAGGAGGAGGAGGAAGAGUGGUGGAAGAAGAGCGAGUUCAGCGAGGCGGGGAGCAGCAGCAGGACCAGCAGCACCGGUAGCAGCAACAGCAACGGCAGCGCCAGCAGGAAUAAUGGAAAUGGACGUGCCAAUGGCGGCACCAAUCUGCAAGCUCCGGCCAGGAGCAGGAGCAGAAAGAGGAUUGGGUGCUAUGGUUUCUUCAGACCAAAUAAGGGCAAAAAUGGAGUCAUCGAAGAAUGAGAUCAUGCCAUUGCCCGCCAAGGCAACUCUCCUCCAUCCAUCGAAAGAGAAAGUACUCCUCUGGUGAACGUCAUCAUGCCAAUACUGCCAGUGAUCACUGCCCAUGCAUGCACAAGAAUGGAGCUCAUGGAUGCAAUUUGAUUUGCAUGCCUAGAAUUUGCGCAACAUGCAUGGCGCUCUCCAUGGAAAAAUGACACACCGACAUCCAGCAAUUGCCAGUGGGACUACUAUUAUGUCUUUGGUUGCCACAUGUACUGUACUUUAUUUUAUUUUCUUCUGAGGAAAACCUGAGCAGACACAUCUCUGUGUCCUCUGCGUGUACAUAUUCUCCCUUUAGCAAAUCUUUUAUCUACAUCAGUGUCAACAGCAGCUACAAUCUAUGCAGGAGUGUGCAGGAUGAUGCACCAGUGUGAUUGUUUAAUUUUGUUCUCCUUUCGUCA